GCUUCCCCGCCCAGGAGGCGGGAGCCCGCCGCACAGGGGGAAGGUAGCGAGGGGGCAGAGCAGUGGGGCUGCCCGGUGGGAGAACCAUGCUGGAGUCCAUCCGUGUCACCGAAAAACUUCACUGGCCCAAGACAGAGCUUUCUAGGAAAUCCGUCCUGAGCCCAGAACAACAUAAGCUGAACAUUAAUGAUGAAAACAGCUUCCAGCACUCACCUGCUGGGAUCCUUAAGGACACUUUCACAACAGGAACCAGUAGCUAUAAUGUCCUUCUUCAGAGCAAAGAGGAAAAAAAACACCACACUCAAAAGCAGCCAUCUGCUCAUCACAAGAAACACAGGAAAACAACCAAGUGUUCUACCACCUUGCGAAGCAACCAGCACCACAAAAUCAAGGUCCCACUACCCCUGCUCAGCAGUGGAUGGUACUGUACAAACAGACAGCCCCCCAUCAUCCUCACUAGCCCAGUGGCUACCAGCAUGAAGCUUUCAAACAGUAUUUCAGUGGGAGGGAGCAAGACGGGACUGCCAUCUCGACCCAAAAGUAGAACCAAGAGGCAUUUGAAUCUAACAAAGCCAAAGCAAUCCCAGUGCUCAAAAACCCAUGGAAAAGAAGGUGAUGGCUCUGGCCGAAAACUCUGUAUACUGACUGCAAUCAAGCCUUCCAAUGUGGAGAAAGAGAAGAUGAAAUUCUUUAAGUCAGAUUUCACAUACAAUCCACAGUUUGAAUAUGAAAACCCUGCACUGCCAAAUGUGUUAGCUAAGCACAGCCAUGCAUCUGACAGAUUUCUUAAGCAGUCCAUUAACAUUAUGGAGCGGACACUGCAGAAAUAUGGAAGUUACGAGAAGUUUGAACAGGCCACUGGAGGCAGCUUGCUGACCAAAAGUCGAAUCUGGAAUCGUGUCAGGAAAUACAUGGUGAAAGAAGGCUGCCUGGGGGAGAUCGUGGUCCAUCUCACGGAGGAUCUGCUUUCUCGAGCCUCUAUGACAGUGGUGAAUGGCCGCCCCACUCUCACUAUCAACAUCUCCACUGCACGAGAGCACUGGCUGGAAGGGAUGCUGAGACAUGAAAUUGGAACUCAUUAUUUUCGGGGCUUUAACAACAACAGCCAGCCAUGGUGCAACUGGAAUGGACGCAGAAAACAUGGGUUAAAACCAAUCAACCCCACAGAAGAGGGGCUAGCAAGCAUUCAUAGUGUCCUGUUUCGUAAAGACCCCUUUCUUUGGAGGGCUGCCUUGCUCUACUACACAGUGUAUCAGGCUAGCCAAAUGUCCUUCAGUCAGCUUUUCCAGGAUUUGGGGAAAUUUGUCAAGGACCCCAAUACGAGGUGGGAUUACUGCGUACGAGCUAAGAGGGGGUGGACUGACACAUCCCAGCCAGGCUGUUUCAAUAAGGAUCAGGUGUACUUGGAUGGCAUCCUGCGAAUCCUAAGAUACAGGGAGUCCAUUGAUUUCUAUCUUCUGACAGCCCUUGGAAAGAUCUCCUAUGAGGAUGUGGACCGCCUGAAGGGAUUAGCUGUGACAGAGAACAUGAGGGUACCACACUUCUUGCAAGACCACGCCCGUUACAUGGAGCACUUGGAAAAGAUCAUGGAAGUCAAUGAGCUCACUGAUGAGGAGCUCCAGGAUCUCAUAAAUUAACAGUACCAGCCUGACAUUCACUUAUUAUGUGCAGCUGAGGAUGUACCACUGGACUUCCCACAGCUUGCAAAAAUGGACUUUGGAGGGGGCAGGAGAGAAGAGUGGCCAGAAUUAUGUGGAAUUAAGCAAAAGUCCUUUUAAGUUCCUUUUGAAUUGUGAUUGUAUACUGAUUAUUUUUAAGGGAUUUGUGCAGGUUUUUUUAAUUUGGCUUAGGAUUCCUUUGCAGUGACCUGCCCAAUCAUCUACUCAGUUUUAUAUGAUAGACAUAGUGGUUGCACUGUCUUUUGUAAGAUACUUCCUUUUCCCAUCCAGGUUUUGAUGUGAAAGAAAGGAGACAGAAGAGAAAGUGCCCCUUAGUUCACUUGUGUUUGCCCCGUGUUUGGUCAUAGCAUUCAUGGUUCAUACCAAUAGAACUGUUGUAAGUUAUCCUACAUCACUGUAUGUGUAACUCUUUACCUUUUGGUCAUUAUUGCAAUGAAAAAAGAAGGUUUAAAAACAAACUGAACAGAAGCAGGUCUUUAUGCCAUAGAAUCAAAGCUCUGUAAUAGUAUAAAUAGUUUCAGGGUUUUUUUACUGAGUUCUAACAUUAAAAAAAAAAAGGAAGUAUUGCUGUUUUAAUGACUGCAGGUAGCAAAGUUUUUCCCCCCUAUCUUCUCAAAAAGUUACACUGUUACACUUCUUUAUCUGUACAGUACAUGUUUCAGGAAGCUGAAUUCCAGAAAGGGUCUGUCUCCCUUGAGGACAACCUUAGCACAUCUAAGAAGUUCAACAUGAAGUGUUUUGGAAGAAGGAUUGGGAAGAACUGCCAUUUCAUGACUUUGUGUGUUCCAAAUAAUGACAAUGGACAUGAUUCAGCACAGCAGGCAGCACCCACUUCUCUUCUGAGCCUACAAAAGGUCAGGUCCCCUUUUUGAGCAGUACCUCCACAUUGCAGCAAGCUUGAGCUUGCCAGGCUUGUUGAUGAACCAAGGUGUGAUUGGGGGGAAAUAAAGAACCACAAGUGCCCUGUUCCUGUAUUCCAAGAGAAGCGCUGCAUCACUGUGAAGCAACCUUACCUCUGUUCUGACUGCUGGUGCUAUAUCCAGAACCAAGAGGAGCACUGUGAGGCAUGGCUAAGUCACAUCAGAAAUGGCUUCAGUGACACAGGAAUUAAAUUACAGAGGCAAAAUGAGUUUUACACCUCUAAGUAUUCUGUCAAAGAGUUAUGUUUUAGUAGAUUGUGUUUUACCAGGGCUCCUUUAAACUCCCAGGAAGCAGCUGUGGUCGGAGAGGCCAGACAGGAACAAGUGAGGGCUUCAGCUCUUUAUUUCUCUUCUGCCUUGGCCCACUGGCUCAGCAUUGGAUAAGGCAAGUAGAUGGAGCUGAAGUCUCCUCCACACCACAUCUGCAUCAACCUGAGCCCUCGUACCCCUUCUUAUUAUCUUCUUAUCCCUGCUUAUUGUGUUCUUUACUGAAAUGGAUGGAAUAACCCUUGCAGCUUAUUUUACAUCCAGGACAUUACCAGCCAUUACAGCAAAGUCUUAAGAAUGCAUUUUCUGUUGUGUAGCAAAAUCUGCAAGGAAAAGCUGUCGGUUGGUUAAGAGAUCUGAAGCUUUUUUAACAAACCAGUAAAAGCAGCUGCCUUUUACAUAGAAUUGCAGUUGUGUUUGCAGUGGCUGGCUGGCUGAGUGCUUAAAAAAGAAAAUGCACUCAACAAGCAUAAAUUUACUAAAUUUGGUUAUUAAAAAAGCAUUUGCAGCAUCCUUAAUUUUGUAUUGUCAGUGCUGUUGAUGAACUGAAAGCCUUUCAGCCUCUGGAUAGUGAAAUAAAACCCCUUUUUCUCUCCUUCCCCACUUCAGACUGUCCAGUUUAAUCACUGGUAACUUUGCCUGCCCAGCUUUUAGAGCUGCACCUGAUGGGAACUAUUUGCGGUCCAGGUUUUGGCUCCUUGGCCAGAAGCAGCUAGAAAGCCAUGCACAUCUGAGGCUGAAGCGGUCAGAAGCUGUCUUUGGAGUAAAUCAUACAGAGAUUGAGCUAUGUCAGGGAAGAAUUCACCCAGGGGAAUGUGAAAGGACCAGUCCUUUAUAAAAGAGACAAUUCUGAACUGAUUAUUUUUUUCUCACAUGAGAGGUCCCUGCCAUCCUCCAGCCACUCCUACGUAAGCAAAGUUCUUUUCCUCCUCCUACAGUAGUAAUAUCUUAUAAUCUAAUUGUAUGCACAUAACGUGUUCUUGAAACCAGGAGGCUGUUCUAGUUACCCUGUUUUGCCACAAAAUACCAUGCCUACAGCCUUUUGUCCAACAGCCAGCUGACUCUUACCACUCUGUAAUUCUCCAUGCUGCUACAGGCCUUUUUGCUUUACUUGAAGACCUACAUCAUGUUUUCUUCAAAGUAGCAGGUGCCAUUCUACUUCUCUGCUCUUCAUUAUUCUAGAAAUAGAUUUGCCUUGUGCAACAUUGGUGCUGGAAGUGGUUGGUAUCAAAGCAGUACUGUAGCAGUAGAUGAAGCUAUCAGCUUCUGUUUUCAAUGUCAACUUUAUCCUUCCUCCUCUGUAAAAAUUGUCCAGCUUUUGAAGUGUCACUUUUGUAAAUUUUCUUGAUUUUUGUUUUCUUUUCUUAAAGUGUGAAGAAACUAAUAAAGCAUAGUGAUGGGAGUUU